AAGCUAUUUCAUCAAACACAGUCACAAUCCACAAACCUUAAAUACUACGAGUAGUUACUUUGAAACUAACCUCUAACAACUAUUAGUCGACAACUAACAACAAAUUAAAGCCUAAUAGUUAACAAUUAUAACUAGUUUUGUCGAACAUGACUCGAGUUUUGGGCACCAAAGAAGCAAGACCAUCCACCCCAAAACAGGAAGUAAAUACAGAGUAGUAAUACUACUCCAGUAAACAAUGAGCAGCUUUACUGCAAAAAUAUUUACUCCAAUUUGACAGAUUUACAGCCCAGACUCCUUUAUUACAUCCUCAACUGUCCUCGCCCCAUUACCCUCAAUAUUUCAACCCUAUACUUACCCUCCUUUCCUCUCUUCCAUUUUCAUUGUCAAAGUAAACAAUGAAAAUGGGGUUUACAAAACAUGUACUGGUUUUUACUUUUUUACUCUCUGUUUCGGUGUUUCGACGAUGUUAUGGGGAACCUCUGGUACCCAUACUUUGCAUAUUUGGGGACUCUGUUGUUGAUUCAGGCAACAACAAUGGCCUCUACACUCUCAUCAGAGCUAACUUCCCUCCGUAUGGAAGAGACUUUGUCACCCAUCAGGCUACUGGAAGGUUCUGCAAUGGGAAACUUGCUACUGAUUUCACUGCUGAGAAUCUGGGGUUUACUGCGUAUCCACCAUCUUAUCUCAGCCAAGCAGCAAGAGGAAAGAACCUACUUAUAGGUGCUAACUUUGCGUCUGCUGGUUCCGGUUAUGCUGAGAGAACAGCCACCUUAUAUCGGGCGAUAUCAUUGACACAACAGUUGGGGUACUACAAGGAUUACCAGAGUAAGGUGACAAAAAUGGUGGGGAGUGAGAAAGCAAAAGGGAUGUUUUCAGGAGGAAUUCAUAUUCUGAGUGCAGGAAACAGUGAUUAUCUACAAAAUUACUACAUCAACCCUUACAUCUACCGACAGUAUACACCUGAUCAGUUUGCUGAUAUUCUCAUGACCUCCUUCGCUAACUUUGUCCAGACGUUGUAUGGACUUGGAGUAAGAAGGAUAGGAGUAACGAGCUUACCGCCAAUGGGGUGCUUGCCAGCAGCCAUUACCCUCUUUGGAGGAGGAAGCAACCAAUGCGUAGCAAGGCUUAACAAGGAUGCCGUUUCAUUUAACAGCAAACUGAAUGGCAUGGCACAGAACUUGCAGUCAAAACACUCGGAUUUGAAAUUGGUGGUCUUUGACAUCUACCAGCCUCUCCUAGACAUUAUAGCACAUCCCAUGGAAAAUGGUUUCUUUGAGUCAAGAAAAGCUUGCUGUGGAACAGGAACAAUAGAAACAUCCCUGCUUUGCAAUGAAAGAUCUGUAGGGACAUGCUCCAAUGCCACCCAGUAUGUUUUCUGGGAUGGGUUCCAUCCCUCUGAAGCAGCAAACAGUGUGUUGGCCGGUGCUCUCCUUGCACAGGGAUUUCCCCUGAUAGGUUAAAUCAUCAAGAAACACUUCUAGUUUUCCUUACAAAUGCAGAAUGGAGCUUGGGCCACUCUGCUUCUCUGGCAGAUAUACUAUAUUUGGAGUGUAAUUUGAGAGCUAAUUAAUUUUGCUCCUUGUAAAACACGGGGUUAAGUAAGAGUUUAGCAGAACUAGCUGUUGAAGAAACACCAUCAUAUAGGUAUAUAUGAAGGUUCCGUCAUCACAUCCAGGACAAUUCAUAUUAGCUUUCCACCCUUUGAUUAUCAUCA